AUGAACGCAAAAGUCACCCCCAACACGGACAAUAAGGUCACCUCUGACAGGGACACAAAAGUCACACUUGACAGGGACACUAAGGUCACCCCUGACAGGAACACAAACGUCACCCCUGACAGGGACACUAAGGUCACCCCUGACAAGGACAUUAAGGUUACCCUUGACAGGGACAAUGAGGUCUUCCCUGGGAGGAACGCUAAGGUCACCCCUGACAGGGACACUAAGGUCACCCCUGACAGGGACAUUAAGGUCACCCCUGACAGGGACACUAAGGUCACCCCUGACAGGGACAUUAAGGUCACCCCUGACAGGGACAUUAAGGUCACCCCUGACAGGGACACUAAGGUCACCCCUGACAGGGACAUUAAGGUCACCCCUGACAGGGACAUUAAGGUCACCCCUGACAGGGACACUAAGGUCACCCCUGACAGGGACAUUAAGGUCACCCCUGACAGGGACAUUAAGGUCACCCCUGACAGGGACACUAAGGUCACCCCUGACAGGGACACUAAGGUCACCCCUGACAGGGACACUAAGGUCACCCCUGACAGGGACACUAAGGUCACCCCUGACAGGGACACUAAGGUCACCCCUGAGCUACUUCAUUAAGUUAUUGUAUAUUGUUAAAGUCAUUUUAUAUUGUACAUAGUAAAGUAAGUAAGGAUCCUAUUUCGUGAGCGGACCACCUGGCCGCGGUGGACCGCACCCACCACCUGGCCGCGGUGGGCCGCACCCACCACCUGGCCGCGGUGGGCUGCACCCACCACCUGGCCGCGGUGGACCGCACCCACCACCUGGCCGUGGUGGGCCGCACCCACCACCUGGCCGCGGUGGACCGCACCCA